AGGAAGCAUUCGACUGAACCGUCGGUGCAUUGUGGGUAGGCGGAAAAAAGGCUCAAAAGGCAGGGGAGAUCGUCUGGCGCACGUUGCACUAUCUAAGGAAGAAACAACAACAAACUUGCUUUCAAGCCGGAGUCCAGGAACACGCUUGAAAAAUGUCCAUUGGCGUUCCAAUCAAGGUCCUGCAUGAGGCAGAGGGUCACAUUGUGACAUGCGAGACCAACACUGGAGAGGUGUACAGAGGCAAGCUGAUUGAGGCGGAGGACAACAUGAACUGCCAGAUGUCUAAUAUCACAGUGACUUAUCGGGAUGGCCGCGUGGCACAGCUGGAGCAAGUCUACAUCCGUGGGAGCAAAAUCCGCUUUCUCAUUUUACCUGAUAUGUUAAAAAAUGCUCCUAUGUUGAAGAGUAUGAAGAACAAGAACCAGGGAUCUGGUGCAGGAAGGGGCAAGGCAGCUAUUCUUAAAGCACAAGUGGCUGCAAGAGGACGGGGUCGUGGUGGAAUGGGAAGAGGAAACAUCUUCCAGAAGAGACGAUAACUGCUCCAGCUACAUUAACACUGUUUCAUUGUAUAGUGUUUUUUUUUUUUUGAUUUGUUUUCCCCUUGGAUUUCAUAAGUUGCAUAUUUGCAUUGUUUGCAAUCUCAUACUUGCAGUUUAUUGCUUUAGUUUCACUUUUUUAUUAAAAUAAAAUUUUUUCAAUUUGAUGUA